GCAGUGUGUGUGUGUGUGUGUGAGAGAGAGAGAGAGAGAGUGUGUGUGUGUGUGUGUGUGGUGUAAAAUGUGCUUUUCAAAGUGCUGAGAGGUUGAUGGGAAUGUUUGAUUAGCUCCUCUCAGAAGAGAAAAGGUGCUUGGACCUCUUCUUCUUUCUUCUUUAAGAAUAAUUUGGAUGGGAUCUGUGAUGCAGACAAGCUUAAGCAAAAAAGGAUAUCCAUUCUGUGUGGUGGAAGAGUUCUGAAAAAAAAAAUUGCUUCCUUCAAACAAGGGUGCCAUUUUGGUAUUUAUGGGGAUUGUUGUCCUCACUAUGAAGGCAUCUGUUAUUGAAGUGUUCCUUGUUUUGCUGGUGACUGGAAUACACUCAAAUAAAGAAAUGACAAAGAAGAUUAAAAGGCCCAAAUUCAAUGUGCCUCAGAUCAACUGUGAUGUGAAAGCUGGGAAGAUAAUCAACCCCGAGUUCAUUGUGAAAUGUCCAGCAGGAUGCCAAGACCCCAGGUACCACGUUUAUGGCACUGACGUCUACGCGUCCUACUCCAGUGUGUGUGGCGCUGCGGUUCACAGUGGUGUGCUCGAUAACUCAGGAGGGAAAAUACUUGUUCAGAAAGUUGCUGGACAGUCUAGCUAUAAAGGGAGUUACUCCAAUGGUGUCCGGUCAUUAUCCCUUCCACGAUGGAGAGAGUCCUUUGUUGUCUCAGAAGGUAAACCGCAAAAAGGUGUAACCUACCCAUCGACUCUUACAUAUUCAUCAUCUAAAAGCCCAGCUGCCAAAGCAGGUGAGACCACAAAAGCUGAUCACAGCCCAUCAGUUCCAGGGACAACCGCACAGCCGGUCACCCUGAUGCAGGUACCGGGGACCACCAUGGUCGGAGCCACCCACACCACGUUGCCAAAGCCAUCCCCAUCUGCAGGCUCCACCAGCAGCAGCCUCAUACCACAGCCUGUGGGCCAGAGAAGCCGGGAGCUGGCAGGGGAGCCUGACUUGUGGAAACCUGGAUCAGUCCUUCUAGAUGCAGGAUUUGUUCCAAAAGAAGAACUAAGCACACAGUCUUUGGAACCAGUGUCCCAGGGAGAUCCAAACUGCAAGAUCGACUUGUCGUUUCUCAUCGAUGGGAGCUCAAGCGUUGGCAAACGUCGAUUCCGAAUCCAGAAGCAGUUCCUGGCUGACGUCGCCCAAGCUCUGGACGUUGGCCCUGCUGGUCCACUGAUGGGUGUUGUUCAGUACGGAGAUAACCCUGCUACCCAAUUUAACCUCAAGACUCACACAAAUUCCCAGGACCUAAAGACAGCCAUAGAGAAAAUUACCCAGAGAGGAGGGCUUUCUAAUGCAGGCCGGGCCAUCUCCUUUGUGACCAAGAACUUCUUUUCCAAAUCUAAUGGAAACAGAGGCGGUGCUCCCAAUGUGGCUGUGGUGAUGGUGGACGGCUGGCCCACGGACAAGGUGGAGGAGGCUUCGAGGUUUGCGAGAGAGUCAGGAAUCAACAUUUUCUUCAUCACCAUUGAAGGUGCCACUGAAAAUGAGAAGCAGUAUGUGCUGGAGCCCAACUUUGCAAACAAGGCUGUGUGCAGAACCAAUGGCUUCUACUCGCUCAACGUGCAGAACUGGUUUGGCCUCCACAAGACCGUGCAGCCCUUGGUGAAGCGGGUCUGUGACGUGGACCGACUGGCCUGCAGCAAGACCUGCUUAAACUCAGCCGACAUUGGCUUCGUCAUCGACGGCUCCAGCAGCGUUGGGACAAGCAACUUCCGAACAGUCCUCCAGUUCGUGGCCAACCUCAGCAAAGAGUUUGAGAUUUCAGACACAGACACGCGGAUCGGGGCCAUGCAGUACACCUACGAGCAGCGGCUGGAGUUUGGGUUUGAGGAGCACAGCAGCAAGGCUGACAUCCUCAAUGCCAUCAAGAAGGUGGGGUACUGGAGCGGUGGCACCAGCACGGGGGCCGCCAUAAACUACGCCCUGGAACAGCUCUUCAAGAAGUCCAAGCCCAACAAGAGGAAGCUGAUGAUCCUCAUCACUGACGGGAGGUCCUACGACGAUGUCAGGAUACCGUCAACAGUUGCCCAUCACAAGGGAGUGAUCACCUAUGCAAUAGGCGUGGCCUGGGCUGCACAGGACGAGCUGGAAGUCAUUGCCACUCACCCUGCCAGAGACCAUGCCUUCUUUGUGGACGAGUUUGACUACCUCUACAAAUUGGUCCCCCAGGUCAUCCAGAACAUUUGUACAGAGUUCAACUCACAGCCUCGGAACUGAAUUCAGAGCAGGCAAAGCACCAGCAAAUGCUCUUUCCCAACCGGCUCAGGGACAACCCCCAACGCCGUAGGGGACACACAUGGGGCAGCAAGGCACGUAGGGCUUGGAAAUGACGCGUUGUUAUUACUCUUUGCCAGUGUGGGUUUUCAUACUUCAAAACUUGGAGUUAGAAAUUGAUCGUAAAUUUGUAGAAUGAGCCAAAAUGAUAGGUCGUUUUGGGAGUGCUGGGGAUUUUACAUUUUGAGAACUGUCUUCAAAAUAAAUGUUGAGAACAGAACAUGGCACUUACAACAGGCUUAACUAGUGCUUUUGCAAGGUUUUUAACAUUUUAAUUUCCCAUUAGAAUUCUGUAACUCUCCACAAGUUUCAGUUUUGUCAUGACAAUAUAGGAGUUGCUUAAUUAAAUGUCUGAAAAGAUUUCAUGCAAUCCCUCUGACCGUGUCACGGGUAGUGUUCACAGGCUUUGUGGCAGGGCCACCCUCUCUGCUCCUCUCAUGUCACAGAGCACAUGAACCCUCUCCUGGCCCAAGGUGACCACGCACCCACAGGGGUGCAGAGAAAAUGUUGCCUCAGCACGGCUGCUCCCGAUUCACCUCCCUUGUCUCUGUUAUCCCAAUCACUGUGUUCCUGUGACAUCUAGAGCAAUCGGGGAACGGCCCUGGAGGACCACGCUGAGCUGGCGUUGAAAGCGGUGCUGACGCUCUCGAGCUGCACAUCAGAGCCCCAUCCCAAUACCGGUGGAAGCUGAGUCUCUGGGAAUGGAGCCUGAAGGCCAGCGGGUUUGGAGAGCCCUCUGGUGGUACUGAUGAGCUGCCAGGACUACUGACAGACCUACGAGGGGUCACUGGUAGAGCUGUUUAUGCCUGUUGUUCUGGGUCCCAUUUAGUUUAGCAUUUGUCUUGGAGUUUUCAUUUGUUAAAUAGAUAUUAUUAUUAAUAGUUGCAUUAAAAUAAGCCAGACUGGGUUUGAUUGGACCCCAGUUUUUACUUUCUAUUAGGACGUGAAACUACAUACGCCAUAGGGAAACAUUCAAAAGAAUCCUAAAUAGAGAUGACUUACUUGACAAGUUAUGUUCUGUAAAAAUGUAUGUUGGAGAAUGAUACUCUGAACAGAGGCCAAAAAAUAGUACCUGUGUCAAUCCUUGGGACAAAAUAUUUACAUACAAAUUUUGAAUUGAAAAUAUCAUCCGUUUAGCAGAAUUUGCAGAGAGCUUACCAAAUCUCUCAAUACCUGAGGCAUUAUCGCCAGUUAAAAAUCUU